AUGCAUUACGCCUACCCCCCUCGAAAAAGCUCGAACCCACCGCCUUACCUACCCCGUUCAUCGCGAAUACCGAGAAUACGGAAGAGUCACUUAAGGUCGAUCGCUUUGUUGGUAUUGGCCAUCUUUGGUUUGGUGUGGCUAUUUUCCGGCCGCUCGAGACAUGCUGGGCGUCGCACGAUAACGGGAAAGCCACCAGUCGUGUUGGUGACCGUAUUCGACGACAAAAUUGUCGAUUCGUUAUAUACCAAGAAUAUCCGGGAAAAUAGGAUGCAGUAUGCAGAAAAGCAUGGAUAUGGGACAUUAAUAGCUAAGACGAGUGAUUACAACCUUAAUGGGUCGCCUACGUCGUGGGCGAAGGUCGUGGCGAUGCGUCAUGCAUUGACCAAGUAUCCGGAUUGUAAAUAUAUCUGGUACCUCGAUCAGAAUGCGCUUAUUAUGAAUCCGCACCUAAAGGUGGAAGACUACGUGAUGAGCGGCAGCAAACUCGAAAGCAGCAUGUUCAAGGACCUCCCGGUCGUUCCUCCAGAUAGCAUUAUCAAGACGUUUUCACAUCUAAAAGGAAACGAUGUCGAGUUUGUUCUGACGCAGGAUAAGGAGGGUUUAGCUUCGAGCAGCUUUGUGAUUAAGAAUGGCGAAUGGGCAAUAUUCUUCCUCGACACGUGGUUCGACCCGCUGUAUCGAAGCUACAACUUUCAGAAGGCUGAGACUCAUGCUCUGGAACACAUCGUGCAAUGGCAUCCGACAAUUCUAUCCAAACUAGCCAUUGUCCCACAACGAAUUAUUAAUGCUUAUAGUAGUAAUGAUCACGGCGAGCAGUACAAGGAUGGAGACAUUGCCAUCGUAUUCGCCCGCUGUUCUAAUACGGGAGACAAGAGUUGUGCCAAGGAGGCGGAGCGAUUCUCUCAGCAAUGGCGGACGUCGUUUUCAAGGGCAUGA